UUAACACCUUAAAACAAUACGAACGACAAUCUUCCUUUACAUAGUAUCACAACUGAACUUCAAGGUUACAUCAUACUUUUGUUUACAGUGCCGCCAUUUUGAUUAGGCCGGGAUUUUGGAAUAUAUUUGAAUGCUCCCAUGCUGUCUGGAAUUUUUUUUAAUUCAAGGAGACUGAAAAAUACAGUGAUCCUCGAAACGUUAUUCAGAAAAAUAUCCAUGCAAACGUUCUGUGAAGAUUCCAGAAAGAUAUUUAAAGCGGCUUAUACCGCAGUUCAACCUAGGAAUUUAAUACCAACAGCUGUAAAAGUACAUCCAGAUUAUGUAGAUGUUCAAGGCAAACAAUUCCCACUCGCUCAUAAUGUAUACAUUGUGGGUUUUGGGAAAGGCGUUCUGGGAAUGGCUGCAGCUCUGGAGGAGCUAUUGGAGGAGCACAUAGUUUCAGGGAUCUUAUCCGUACCGGAAGGAAUCCAAGCUCUUCAUAAUUCAAAUCAUGGAAAGCAGAAGCAUAAAUUAAAGUCCUGUAUCCAGAUUUUUGAAGGAGCAGCUAAUAACAUUCCCGAUGAAAAAUCCUUAUUUGCUGCAUCGAAGAUAUCUGAGCUUGUUGUUUCACUCAAUCACUCACAUCUGCUUUUUGUAUUGAUCACAGGAGGAGGUUCAGCUUUACUUCCAGCACCUAAACCACCUUUAACAUUAUCGGAAAAACAGAAAGUUAUAAAACUGCUGGCAUCUAAAGGAGCAACUAUUGAAGAAAUGAAUGCAGUUCGUAAAAGACUGUCUUUGCUGAAAGGUGGCGGCCUGGCUGAAAUAGCAAAACCAGCCACAGUUGUCAGCCUCAUCCUGUCUGAUAUUAUAGGCGAUCCGCUAGAUUUUAUUGCCAGUGCUCCUACAGUCAAAAACACUGAUGAUCCAACUCUGCCAAUGAACAUAAUUGUAAAAUAUAACUUGACAAAUGAUUUACCACCUUCUGCAAUUCAACUGCUGCAGCAAAUUCCAGAUGAAGUAAAAUUGGGAAGUACAAAGUGUUUUGAUCAUGUUAAUAAUUAUAUAAUAGGAAAUAAUAUGAUUGCUUUAAAAGCUGCAUUUUUAGAAGCUGAAGAAAUGCAAUACACUCCAUUUAUAAUUACAAAUUCACUUCAAGGUACAGCGAGAACUAUCGGAGAGAAGCUUAUAAUUUGUAUGGAAGCAGCAUUACAGCAAAACACAGACACAGUCUUCAAAAUUUGUAAUGAAAUUGAAUUACAACCAGAAUUAGUGUUAGAUGCAACUGCACAACUAAAAAACAGCAAAAAAGGUAUAUGCUUGCUUUUUGGAGGUGAAACUACAGUGAAAGUGCAUGGGAAAGGCGUUGGAGGUCGUAACCAAGAACUUGCAUUAGCUGCAGCUUUACAACUUUAUUAUAAACAGUUCAAAUAUCGUAUUACACUAUUAAGUGCAGGAACAGAUGGUAUUGAUGGUCCAACACCUGCUGCAGGUGCAAUAGCUACUAAAGAUGUAAUAGCAACUGCAAAUAAAGAAGAAACAGAUGCAAUUCAAUUUUUAAAUGAAAACAAUUCAUACACCUUUUUUUCACAAGUGGGAAAAGGCCAAUGGUUAAUAAAAUCAGGGCAUACAGGAACAAAUGUUAUGGAUAUUAUUAUAAUUUUAAUUUCCAGAAUAAGGAACUGUUAAAAGUAAUACUAUUGCAAUCCUUUUACAUUAAUUCCAAGUAACAUAUUUAUAAAGUACUAUUAAGCUGACUGGUAAUAUUUUAUUUUUGCAGUUACACAUGCUGUUUUGAAAUUCUUGAAGCAAUUUACAUCUUGAAAGAAUUCUCAAAGAAACAUUUUAAUUCCAAGAAAUGCUAUAUAUAUAAUUUUGAAUCUGAAUCCUGUAUAUUGUCUGUUGUUUUUAUGUUGCUGUAUAUCUGUUUUGUUUUUAAAUAACUUGUUAUAAUAGAUAAAAUAGGUUUUAUAUAACUUGUUAUAAUAAUAAAACUUGUUAUAAUAGA